AUGCUUAAUCAAUCUGAAUCAUCUCGUCAAUAUCAAUAUACACCAAGAACACAUGUUCGUGAACGACCAUUACAUUGGUGUAUUAUUUUAGUUUCACUUUUAUUUGUAUUUCUUCUUGUUGUUGAAUCCGUCGCAUUUAUUGUACUUGGUGCAUGGCAUCUUACCGCUCGACAUCUUCAAAAUGUACUUAGCUUUUCUACUGAAGUUCAUCAACGUGAAUUAGCUUUUGGUAUUCUUCUUGUUAUUAUUGGGUCAGUAGGUGUAUUAAUGAGUAUUCUUGGUCUUAUUGCAUUUUUUACUUUACGAUUACUAUUAUUAAGAACAUUUGCAUUAUGUUUGUGGUUAGUAAUGAUUGUUGGAAUUGCUGUUGGUAUUCUUGGUAUCAUCUUUGCAUCACAAGUAGAUGGAUUUAUGACUCAAGCAGGUACUACAAAUGCGAAUAGUGGACGCUAUGCUGAAGAAAAAUUUAUGUUGGGAAUGAAUGGUGGACUGGCUUUAUUCAUGAGCUUGACCUUGCUUGUUGGCAUAAUAAUUGUUCGAUGCUUGACUGGUGAUGUGAAUUCAUAUUCAAGUGGUCAUUCGUAUUAUCGAGCACAAUGA